AUGGCAACGCCAAUCGUGACUGCCGCGGCGGGGGUGAUGAAUCCCCUCAUCGGCAAGCUCACCACCCUGAUGGGUGAAGAGUACAAGAAGCUCAAAGGAGUGAGGAAGGAGGUGUCUUUUCUCAGGGACGAGCUCAGCGCCAUGAAUGCUGCCCUUGAGAAGCUGGAGUUCAUGGAAAAGCUCGAGCCAGAUACCAAGGACUGGAGGGAUCAUGUCAGGGAGAUGGCCUACGACAUGGAGAAUUGCAUCGAUGACUUCAUGCAGGAUACUGGAGGUGCCCACACCAACGCCGGUGCAGGUUUCAUGAAGAGGAUGUCUCGGCGUCUGAAGACGCUGAGGGUGCAUCACCGGAUUGCCGGCCAGAUCGAAGACCUCAAGGCUCUUGCAGUAGAGGCAAAUGAACGGCGAAUAAGGUACAAGAUUGACAACUGCAAUACUAGUUGUGGCUCUGUGGAUAUAGAUCCGCGGAUUUCAGUGAUCUACAAAGAUGUUGCUGGACUAGUGGGUACUGAUGGCCCAAAGAAGGAGGUUCUCAGUUUGUUAACCGUCACCGAGAAGAAACUCAAGGUGGUGUCCAUCGUGGGAUUCGGAGGACUUGGUAAAACCACCCUUGCUAAUCAGGUGUAUGAUGAUCUCGAAGGGCAAUUUGACUGUAAGGCAUUUAUUCCCGUCUCUCAAAAACCAGACAUGCCACGGCUUCUCAAUAGCCUAAGAUUAAAGCUUGGGAUAAAUGAGUUAUCUGGUAUUUGUGAGGUGCAAGACAUCAUCGGUCAACUUAGAGAACACCUUGCAAACAAGAGGUAUUUUAUUAUAGUCGAUGACUUGUGGGAUCAAGAAGCAUGGGAGAUUAUAAGAAGUGCCUUCCCACCAAAUUGUAAUGGGAGCAGAGUAAUAGUAACCACACGAGUGGAAGACGUUGCAAUCUCAGCAUGUUCUUAUCAACGUGAGCAAAUUUACAAAAUGAAGCCCCUUGGGUCUAAAGAUUCAAGAAGGUUAUUCAUGAACAGAGUAUUUGGGCCUGAAAACAUGUGUCCAUCUAAUUAUGAAGAAGUCUCAAAUGAAAUUCUGAAGAAGUGUGGCGGGCUGCCACUUGCAAUCAUUACGAUAGCUAGCCUAUUAGCAUGUCGUCAAGAAAGAUCAAGGAAUGACUGGGAGAACAUACGGAAUUCUCUGGGUGCUCAGUUUGCCAUAAACCCCACACUGAAAGGGAUGAGGAGUAUAUUAAACCUCAGCUAUAUGAAUCUUCCUCUUCAUCUCCGCACUUGCUUUCUUUACCUUGGUAUGUAUCCAGAAGACUAUGAGAUUAUGAGGGAUGAUCUAGUCCGAAAAUGGAUAGCCGAAGGCUUGGUUGGUAAUUCACAUGGAAAAACUUUGGAGGAUAUUGGAAUAAGUUAUUUCAAUGAGCUAGUCAAUAGAAGCCUGAUUCAGCCUGUAAUUAACUACAGGGGACUGUGUUGCAAAGUACAUGAUAUGAUGCUGGAUUUGAUCCUAAACAAGUGUGCAGAAGACAAUUUCAGUAGUGUGGCAUAUACUUCUGAAGACAUGACAAGAUUGCGUGACUGCACGUCCAAGAUCCGUCGGUUAUCCCUGAUCUCACGUGUUGAUAGAACAACAAGUGAAACAAUAUCAUGGACUAUUUCAGAUAGCAUAUCACAAGUUCGGUCAUUGGUGUGGUUCGGAGAUUGCAAGUCCAUACCUCGUCUUUCUGAGUUAAAGUAUAUCCGUGUGUUAUCCUUUGAAUGCUCAUAUUUCUCUGAGAGUUCACGUCUGGACCUCACUGCUAUCAGCCAAUUGUUUCAACUGCGGUAUUUAAAGGUUUCAGGUUAUUUCUAUGCAGAGCUUCCCGCUGAAAUUCGGGGGCUUGUGCAUUUGGAUACGUUGGAUGUACCAAAUGGAAGCAUCCCGUCAGACAUAGAGCACUUGCCCCGCUUGUCUAAUCUGAGAAUGGGUUUGUAUGGGAUUAUAGGGCUACCUGAAAGGAUCGGGAUCAUGGAAUCACUUCUCACACUCGAUGGUUUCAGACUGGAGAGGAGUUCGCUGGAGGCUCUUGAGGGCCUUGGUAAGCUGACUAAUCUGAGGAGUCUGGAGCUUCAUAGCUACGAUGGUGCUGAGUGCAAUCUGCUGGAGAAGGCGGCGAAGUUUGAUGCUUUCGCCUCUUCUAUUUGUAAGCUACGCAACCUCAAAUAUCUCAAGAUCGUAGGCAAUCAUGAUGAUAAGGACGACAUUUUAGGCUCAGUUCCAGAUCCUCCCGCCCUUAUCGAGGAAAUGUACAUUGACAGCUGGAAGAUGUUGGGAGUUCCUAAAUGGAUCGGUGAUCUCAGUUGCCUACAUAGCCUGGAAUUAUAUGUUAGGGAGGCGAAAACUGAUGCGAUUACUGUUCUUGGAGCACUGCCAUCCCUCGUCUACCUCUACCUUAGAGUCGUGACAUGCCCAAAAGCAGGGGCUGUAAUCGUCAGCAAGGGAUUAUUCCCACUUCUGGAGCGCCUUACAUUCUUCUCUCAAGAAGAUGUUACGCCAUAUCUGGGUUUCGAGGCAGGAGCUAUGCCCAAGGUACGAGAGCUCAGUCUGGAACUCGAUGAGACGUCGUGGGGUGGAGCUGCACCAGUCGGCAUCGAGCACCUCUUGGGCCUCCAGCAGAUCAGUUUAACUGUAUGGUGCAAAGAGAAGGAAUCUCCUGAACAAGUGAAGCUCCAAGUCCGGUCUGCGUUUAGUAACGCCGUGCAACUGCACCCAAAGCCUCCUUCCGUGGAUAUUAAAUGCUACCCCAACUUGUGAGUGAAGCAUGAACGGACCACGUGCACUGAGCAAUACGGCCUCUGCUGUAACUCUCAUCAUUUCCUCUGCUAUAUGCUGUACUCUUUUUCAUUCAUUUUUCAUUCGUGUUUAAUGUCUUGAGUGUUGUUACAUCUAGGAGUAUCUCCGAUGCACUCUGUAUAUGCAGAGAACCACGUGAUUAAUGUUGGAUUAUUUGGUUUGAGAAAC